AGACCCAAACAAAAUAAUUCAAAACUUUUUUAACGCCCCUCUUGAUUUUGUGAUUACGCCGUCAAUUAUAACUGCAGAAAUCCCCAUCCCAUUAUCGGAUCCACUUCCCUACCGCCCCAAACCAAAAACCAAAUCUGGAAUCUGAAAAAUCCCAUCUCAAUCUCCAUUAAAAAUUCCCAUCCUCUUCAGUCACUUCACUCCCCAAAUUUUCCCUCUUCCCAAACGCCAGAAAGAAAAUUCCUCAUUUUCCCGGAAAAUUCUCAUUCAUUCACGAUUCCAGACCCGUCGGCGCACAGACCGAGGCUCGUCGGAGGAGGAUUCUCCAAAACCGCAUGCCUGUUCCCCGGCUGGGCGUCGUCGGGCUCAAUGUUCUCCACGCCUUUCGUCCUCUCUUUCUCCCUCCUCCUCUCUCUCCCCAUUCUCUUCCUCCUCGCCCCUCGCUUCCUCCCUCCGACCCAACAUUCCGUCGCCAUUUCCCCCUCCGACGAGCUCGAUGACCUCGCCCUCUUGGACCGCGCCGCCGCCUCCAACAAAUUCUCCCGCCUCUCCACCGGCCGCAACCCCAAGCUCAAGAUCGCCUUCCUCUUCCUCACCAACUCCGACCUCCACUUCGCCCCUCUCUGGGACCGCUUCUUCAAGUCCGCCCCAAACCCUAAUCUCUUCAACAUCUACGUCCACGCUGAUCCUUCCAUUAACAUCACUCGCCCUGGUCCCGGCAGUGUCUUCCACGACCGCUUCAUCGCCGCAAAACGAACGUACCGCGCCUCCGCAACCCUAAUUUCCGCCACGCGCCGGUUACUAGCCACGGCGAUCAUUGACGAUCCUGCCAAUACCUUUUUCGCCGUGCUUUCUCAGUAUUGCGUCCCUCUGCACUCCUUCAGGUACGUUUACAACUCGCUGAUUACGUCCAGGUCGUUUGAUUUGACCUCCAACGCCGAGUCCGACGCCGAGUUGACGCGCCUUGGCGUGCGCGGGAGGUACAAGAGCUUCGUUGAGAUUCUCUCCAAGUCGCGGAACCUCUGGAAGCGGUACACUGGCAGAGGAAGGUUCGCGAUGAUGCCGGAGGUGCCGUUCGAGCAGUUCCGGGUCGGAUCGCAGUUUUUCGUGCUGACGCGCCGCCACGCGCUUGUGGUGGUCAAGGAUCGCACGCUGUGGAGGAAGUUCAGAACUCCGUGCUACAGAGAAGACGAGUGCUAUCCGGAGGAGCAUUACUUUCCGACGCUCUUCUUGUCAAUGUCGGAUCCGAAUGGCUGUACUCACUACACACUCACUCGGGUUAAUUGGACAGGGACGACAAACGGUCAUCCGUACACGUAUGGUCCUGCGGAAAUUUCGCCGGAGCUGAUCUAUCGUCUUAGGGAAUCGAAUUACUCGGAAUCUUACUUGUUUGCGCGGAAAUUCUCGCCGGAUUGCUUGAGACCCUUGAUGAAUAUCGCCAAGAAGGUCAUUUUCCGGGAUUGAGUUAACUGGUGAAAAAAAUCCUGUGUAGAUGUUUCAGUUGUUUCCUUCGUGAUGAGGAAGUUGUAGUUUUGGAAAGUAGUCGGAGCUACAUGCUGGGAAUAUAUGGUUUUGAAGAGGCGUAAAGACAUGCCCACAACCAUGAAGCCCAGAAAUUCCAAUCAGUGUCUUUGAACAAGACGUGAAGAAUCAAAAAGCAAGAAAAAGUAAGAAAUACCAAGGAAGCAAGCAAGCGAGCGAGGUACUUUUUACUCUUGGUAAAUGUUAAAAAGUUGUAUUCUUUUCUUUUUUCCUUAGAUUAGAUAUCUUUAUUGUGGGGCACAAGUAGGUCUUUUUUUGUCCUUUUGAAGGGUGUUCUGUACAUAUACAAUGUGGGACGUCUACUUCACGAGACCGUGAAAACAAAUUUAUUAAAAAAGAAAAUGAGGAGGAAAAAUUCAAUGUAAGCCACUUAUGUUGGCCUUUGAAAUGGGGUAAUUAUAAAACCAAGUUAUAAAAUUCCCCCAUUUUUUUUUUUUUUUACCACUCUUGAAAGUCCAUUGUAAUCUUUUUCCCCCUUUGCCAUAACCCAAAAUUUACUGGCAAUUCUACAAAAGUGAAAGUGGGUACAGAGCACAAUUGAGCUGGUUGCCGACAAUGUAAUGGGUAUUUUCCUUGGGGGAUAAUAUUAAAUGAAUGAUGGUAGUAGGCUAACCACCAAGAGCUUUUGUUAUGGUGGACCAUCUUUUGUAAGGUUGCAUAUCACGUUCACUAAACUUGUUGAUAAAUACUUUUAUAUUGUCCUUCAGUUGUUCUAGAUGUUAGCACGUCUGUCGGUGUUGUGUUUCUUUCUUUUGGAGUGAGUCACGUGAAUGAUUAAUGUACGGUGUUAAGGACGAAGGUUCAUGCCUCCUCUCCUCAACCGCUUGUUACGUACUUG